AUGGAUUCCGGGCUUGCUAUUCGUAUUCGCAAAUCUCGGACAGCGGAAGUGUGCCGUCUCUGUCUGAAGAAGCGCUACCUCGUGGACAUCAACGAAAACCAGUAUUUGAGGAUGCAGUUGUUGGAGUGUUUUCCUCACUGCACACCGGACGACAGCGAAUUGCCGCAAUUUGUAUGCGGAGAGUGUUACCAACUGAUCGACAUCACGUACCAGUUUUCCGUAAGGACUCGUCGAACGGAGGUUUUACUGCGAACCUACGUCCAUAUGGGAGGAGAUUUCCCCGUGCCGGAAACCCUCGAAGCCGAAUAUCGCCGCAAUUCAAAACGAUCGGCUUCACCGGAAAAGCAGGAGGAGGAUGAGGAACAGCCACACAAGAAGAGACGAUCAUCGGAAGAAUCAUCGACCAGCACGGAAAGCAAGGAAAGGAAAUCAUCGAAGCAUAAGGACAGGAAGAAGUCUUCGAAGGAUACGGAAAAGAAAGAUUCUUCGAAGGAUAAGAACAGGAAGGAAUCUUCGAAAGAUAAGGACAGGAAGGAGACAUCGAAGGACAACAAGGACUCUUCGAAGGAAAAAGACAGGAAGGAACGAAAGUCUUUGCACCGGAAGGAGAAGGAUGAGCGCACCGACAAAAGCAGCAAGCGAUCCAGGAAGACAUCGGAAGAACGUCAAAAGGAGCAGUACUACAGAUCGGACGAAUAUCUAUUUGGCGAAGUGGUGGAGUUAGACCCGGUCGAGAAGCGAAACGACUCAAUUGAAGAUACCAACAAGGAUGUGCCAGACCGAGUGGAAAGCAUUGCGAGUAAUUUGCCGGGAUUGGCUUUGAAGAUGUCUUACAAUGAAAUGUUGAAUGUGUUAAAAACUAUUGAAAACAUGCAAAAUAAUCCGUCGGUCAGUGUUUGA